AUGGACAGGCUUCUGCAGAGAUGUCGGAUCAGAAAUCAGCUGGUCCGGGAGUGUCUGGCGGAAUUUCUCGGAAUGUACAUCACAGUUUUAAUCGGAUCUGGCUCAGCGGCCCAAGUCGUCACCUCUGAGGGUACCCACGGCAGCUACCUGACCAUCCAGCUCGGUUCUGCCCUGGGAGCAAUGUUCGGGAUAUUUGCAGCUCGAGGAGUUUCAGGUGCUCAUCUCAACAUUGUCUGGUCCAUGGGCCUGUGCAUCUUGGGUCGACACCCUUGGGAAAAGCUGCCCUUAUAUGCACUUUCACACAUCCUCGGAGCUUUUCUCGGCGCAGCAACAGUUUAUCUCCAGUACUACGAUGCCAUCCAGGUGUUUAGUGGAGGUGAACUGUUAGUGGCAGGCCCCAGUGCCACCGCCGAGAUCUUCUGCUCAUACCCAGCAGACCACCUGAGCUUUUGGGGAGGUCUCGUGGAUCAGGUGGUUGCUACAGCUGUUCUGCUGAUCGGUUGCCUGGCUCUUGAGGAUCGGAGACAGGGGCCGCUCCCUGAUGGACUCACGCCUGUUCUAAUGGGAGCUCUGGUUCUCACCAUUGAACUCUCUAUGGGCUCCAACUGUGGCUGCCCCCUCAACCCAGCCAGGGAUCUGGGGCCCCGGCUGUUUACCUUCAUCGCAGGCUGGGGGGAAGAAGUGUUCAAGGCUGGAGGUGAUUGGUGGUGGAUUCCCACAGUGGCCCCCUUUGUGGGUGCGCUGAUUGGAACCGUCAUCUAUGAGCUACUCAUCGAAGCUCACCAUCGGAACACGCCACAGGAGGAGCAGAGCCCAGGUCAGGAGCUGGAGACAGCGGACAAGGAGGAGGUGGUGGUGGACUCCAGAAACAACAGCGAAGUUGAGCUUGAGCCCUGGGAGCAGAGCCGUGGCCCCCUGCCCUCCGACCAAUGGAGAAGCCAGAGCGUAGGAGACAUCAACAAUGGACUGUGGAAGAAGACCGGGACCAGGACCAGCCCCCAUUGCUAUUCCACAUUGUUUUAG